UUCUGGGUGCCAUGGGUACUUAGCUCACCUGCUUAUCAUACUGGACUAAUUAGGUCAAGAACAUGAGGUUCACUCUAGAUAACUCAGUUGAUAUCUCCAUUCUAAGGCCAUAAGCUUCCCCCUGACUCUGGACAAUGUCCUGCAAAUAUGAGCUGUUAGUCAUAAGGAGUAGAUGGUGCAGCAUCUCAAUCAUAUAGAGCACAAGGCAAACCUCGGUGUCACCAGCAAAAAUUUACUACAGUUCAACAAAUAUUUCUAAAACCUCGGGCUCCGGGGAGGCUCCGCAGACCUGCUGAUUGGGAACCGAUAUGGCUGCGACUCUGGGCAGCGGGGAGCGCUGGACCGAAGCUUACAUUGAUGCAGUUAGAAGAAACAAAUACCCAGAAGACAGACCUGAAAGUCAUGACCCAUGUGGCUGCUGUAACUGCAUGAAAGUACAAAAGGAAAAAAAAUCUGAGCAUGAGUGGAAUCAAACCCGGCAGGGUGAGGGGAGUGCCACUUACACUGAGGAACAGCUGCUUGGGGUACAAAGGAUCAAGAAAUGCCGAAAUUACUAUGAAAUUCUGGGAGUUUCUCGAAAUGCCAGUGAUGAAGAGCUUAAGAAAGCUUAUCGAAAACUUGCCCUGAAAUUUCACCCUGACAAGAAUUGUGCUCCUGGAGCAACUGAUGCUUUCAAAGCGAUAGGAAAUGCCUUUGCAGUCCUGAGCAAUCCUGACAAGCGACUCCGCUAUGAUGAAUAUGGAGACGAACAGGUGACUUUCACUGCCCCUCGAGGCAGACCUUAUAAUUAUUACAGGGACUUUGAAGCUGAUAUCACUCCAGAAGAGUUAUUCAAUGUCUUCUUUGGAGGACAUUUUCCUACAGGAAAUAUUCAUAUGUUUUCAAAUGUGACAGAUGAUACCCACUAUUACCGCCGGCAGCAUGGACGUGAGAGGAUGCAGACACGGAAGGAAGAAGAAGAUAAGCCUCAGACUACAUAUUCUGCAUUUAUUCAGUUACUUCCUGUUCUUGUGAUUGUGAUUAUAUCUGUCAUUACUCAGCUGCUAGCUGCUAAUCCCCCAUAUAGUCUAUUCUAUAAAUCGACCUUGGGCUACACCAUCUCUAGAGAAACACAGAACCUGCAGGUGCCUUAUUUUGUGGAUAAAAACUUUGAGAAGGCCUACAGAGGAGCAUCUCUCCGUGACCUGGAGAAGACGAUAGAGAAGGAUUACAUUGAUUAUGUCCAGACAAGUUGUUGGAAGGAGAAACAACAAAAGUCGGAGUUGACAAAUUUGGCAGGAUUGUACAGAGAUGAACGAUUGAAACAGAAGGCAGAGUCACUGAAACUUGAAAACUGUGAAAAACUCUCCAAACUUAUUGGCCUGCGCAAAGGUGGCUGAGAGGAUGAUAGUCCUAUAUAGGGUUGGGGUUUUGCUAUUGUUACUAUUUAUGUUCCUAAUUCCAUUUUAUAAUACAAAAUUAGGAAAUGAACAUUUUACAACUUGCUAACUUUGGUGGGCAGAGUUGAAGGCGCUUGAGCAUGGAGCCAGACUUGUCAUCACAGAUUCCUUCCUGGGGAUUGGCUCCAGGGGCCACGAACAGUUCAUCUAAAUUGAAUUAAAGGCAGAGCGUUCGAUGCAGCCCUACUGCUCCAUGCCCACCCUGCCUCUAGGACUGUAGUGCAUCCCAGAGCAGAUCUACAUUUUCUUCCUCCUUCCCUUCUUGAGUCUUGAUACCCAGUCAUUACUAAGCAUAGCCAGAGCAGCUUGAUAUUAGUUGUUUAUAGUGUACAACAAGGAUGAGACCUCCCCCUUCCUGUGAGUCAUCAAGGCCCCCAGCAUUCAGCCCUUGAAACAUGUGCCCACCCAACUUUGCAUUUUCUAAGGGGAAUGUAGAGAGAUGUAAACUAUUACAGUCAAUAGUUUUCCAUUUGCCUGUCUCUCUUCAGAGUUAGUAGCAUUAGCAGUCUGCCUGAUUUGAGUUUCUUUUACUUCCUUGACCCUCUCUCUUGUAGAGGGUCCAGAAAGUAAAAGCCACUGGGUGAAAGAAACAGUUCUGUGGUCAGCCCAGCAGCAGAAAGCAGGGACCAGGGGAUGAAAGUAAAAUGCAAGACUGAGUCUCAACUUGGUGCAGGUCCCCCUGUCCAUCACAGAACCUGGAGAAUAUGGGUGGGUUUUUUUGUCAUUUCCUCUUGUAGGACUGCACUUGACCAGAGUCCCUCCACCCCAUAGAAGUACAGUGGUGAGACCUAAGAGCAGGCCUUGCCAGCCAACUAGGCUAUUUGCUCAAGCCUAGAGCUGGAGGGGAAAGACCCUCUUUGCAUGGCUUUGGAGGUCAGUUGUUUAACCCAGUGCCCCAUAGCUUGUGAUAUGAGAUGCUUUUUCAUGUAGUCAACAUUUAUUGAGUACCUAGUAUGAAGCAGGAACUCUCACAAUUUUUUUUUUUACUUUAGCCUCCUCACAACUCAGUGAAUUUGUGAUGUGUGAAGAUGUGUUUUUUGUUUGUUUGUUUGUUUGUUUGUUUGUUUAAUGGAGGAGAACAUUGGCUCAGAGAGGAUGAUACAGUUAUACAAUUGGUAGUGGCAAAGCUAGGUGGUAGGCUGAUCAUCAGGUAGAAACUGUGCGGUCAUUCCUAUUUUUCUGGUGGUUCUAGCCAGAUUGAUAAGGCAUUUCCCAAGGAAGCCCUGGUCCCUCCUGGCCCCAUGACUCUGAAUCCCUUUUUAAUGGCAGUCCUGCAUUCACUGCAGACACCUUCCUCCCUGGUCUUGAGGAAGCAAGACCCUCUCUGUAACAAUCCUGUAUACAAAGCAAGACGUCCCUCAAAGGCAGCUAGCCAUUCCCACUGGUGACAAGGAAGAGGUAAGUUACUGUCUAGGCCCCACGGUCCUGGGCUCUCUUGUCCAGGUGAACUAUCAGAAUUGAGCUACCUAGAUAGGCAUGAAUCAGAACCUGGAAGAUCAAUAGGUGACUGUAGUCUACACUCCAUGUUUCCUUCAGGAUGGAAGAAAAGUUCCUAUGUCAAGACUGAUUUCUAAAGUAGAGUUUUUCCUUUCAGAUGCAUAGCCAUGAAUUCAGCAGACAUGUCUGGCAUGGUUCAACAUGGAUAUUCCCCAGGGUCAGGUGAUGGGAGGUAAAGAGUGGAUCUUGGUGGCUGGUAGGGGACAAUUGCUCAGCUGUGAGGAGAGGGCAGCUCCAGAAAUAGCCAGAUUUUUCUGCUGAACUAGGUCUGUCUUCCUGGUUUGGGGGACUUCCUUGAUCCUUUCUGAGUAACUGAGGGAAUUUACAUUAUAAAAUUUGCCUGUGAGCCAAACAGGCUUAUGGAAAGUUUCCCUAUACACCCAAAAAUCAAAGCUCUCCUCUACCCAACUCCAACCCUGCUAGAAAAGAAUGAGCCAUAGUUAAAUUGACUUGACAUGGAUUUCAUAGCAGAGAUGAGUUAUCUGUGAUGAUACUAAAUAGAGGUAAAACUAAGUCCAUUAAAUGUCAGGUCUCUAUCUGUUUUCAUAGCACUGAUGAUACUGUUGUGUUUAUUACCUAAGAGACUAUAACACAUCUAGCUUUCCCCAAUAGGAUGGUAUUUCCCUUUGUUGAAGAAUAGUUUAAAUCUAUUUGGUACUGUCUGAAAUAUGGCUAAACUAUAAUUUCCUGGGUUCUAUUUUAGAUGGGUUGUUUGUAUGGUGGUAACAUAAGCGUCUUCCUCUUGUCUACAUCUUUUGGAAGGUUUCCUGAUUAUGUAUAAACUCUUUUGGCUUUUUCUUGCUGUUUCACCAUGUAGCUCUAUACAUUUCUGUGAGUAUUAAUGCAGAAUGAGAUGUAUGAGAUGGGAGUAGGGCUAAGAGGCAGGGCUAGCCGCUCAAGCAGAAGGUGAAGCUCCCAUUCAUCAGGAUAAAAGCACUCUCUGCACUGCUUGGUCAGCAGUGAGGAGGGGAGGGUGAAAACCCUUCCCACACAGGACACUACAGCUUCAAGAAAUCCAUUAGCAACCCUGGCGUUCAUCUGUUCAAACCAGAAAACUUCUGAACUUCCUUGAUCAUCUCCAGGUCUCAGAACUUGGGAUGGUAACCAGUAAGAAAAUGCCAUUGCUGUGCUUCCUGUUGGAAACUAUUAGAAAUUACACCGAACUCCAAACCCCAAUAGAACACAGGAUCCAGCAGCCUGACCAAGCCUUGUGUUGUUCUCAUUUUCAUCCUCACGCUCAGGACUGGCUUUGUGAGGAGGCACUGUUGGGAUUCCAGAAGUUUUCUGUUACAACUGGCCACACUUGCUAGUUCAUUGUCUCUGCUCUUUUCCUCAUAGAAGCUAGCUCUUAAUUAGUAUUUAUUUUGGACUCAUUUAUGGUAUAAGCUUAGUGUUCUAAUAUAUUUAUUUUUGGAAAGGGCCAAGUUACUCUACAUCAUAUUUUUUGAGCCUGCAUUGUUGAUAGCUCGUGCAGUGACCUCCAAGUAACUAUAUAUCCAUGUGUUUGAUAUUGAUUACAUCAUUUGCAUCACACUCAGUAUUUGGAACUAAAGAUGUGAAUGUUCUGUGACCAGAGCCGGGUUUGACACAGGUGGAAUCAGCUCCUGGUGGAAUAUGAAUCCUGAAAACCCUGGUCAUCCUGAUCUACUGCAUCUGGAUUGAGUGUAUUUUAACAGAGAAAGAAAUCAAACGAUUUUAUAUAAAAAGAAUGGGUCUAUAUUUUUCCUUUGUUCUUUUACCCUUGCUCAUGUCAUCCUUGGGGACCACAUACAGCCUCACUCCCUUGGAGCCACUUAGGACUAGAGAAGGCCCAGUGUCUCUCCUCUGUUCUAGUCUUCCCGCAUCCAUCACUGGAACCGUUGGUGUUUAGAGUAGAUAACUGGUGGCAUCACCAAUUCUAUAUUUCUUUUCUAUCAGGUAACAGCAUUUGCAGCAUAUUAUAGCCAACAUACGGAGCUAAACUACUUAGCACCCAAAAAUCUGGUGUUAUCCCAGUUCCCUAAUGGCUUUGUUCUCAGUGACCCCUGUUUAGGAAAGUCUUGGUUUAAAUAAACAGUACAUGGGGGCACCUGACUGAGAACAACACAGUCAGAACAUGCGACUUUAGAUCUCACGGUCAUGAGCUCGAGCCCCACGGUGGAUGUAGAGAUUACUAAAAAUAAAUAAAUGAAUAAAAGACUUUAAACAUAGA